AUGGGGACUUGGAUAGGUCACAUUGCGCCAGGUGUCUUUUUUGUUAUCUUCGCCUUAUGGUGGCAUAUUAAUAAUUGCCUGCGCUACUUUCGAUCAUUGGUGCAUGAACAUGGUGAGAAAAGUAGAGCACCAACAAAAUUUUCUGGUUCGACAACUUAUCCAUGCUUUUGUUUGUCGGGUAAACGCGCUCGUCGUCUACCGAUUGAAAGUAUCAUGAAAAUUCUAAUCACCUCCAUACAUUUCUCGAUUGAAAUCAUAACCGGUUACGAUAGUAAACCACGACCUCAUCUCGGCGAUGAAAAUGCUCAUCAUACAGCUAUGUUAUUCGGGUUCUUUCUCGGCUCUUGGAUAGAAGUCCUCGUUCAUUACAAAGUUCCAUUGCCUAAACGAAUCACUCAAGUCAUGGGCUUCUUAGCCUUUGGUAUUGAAGGUUUGAUGAUGGUUUUUCAUUUACAUGCACGAAGCAUGAUCGAUGCGCAUAUCCAUCAAUUACUUGCACUAACUAUUUGUUGUUCAAUGGUUGGAGCGCUUGGCGAAUGUUUCGAUCCAAAUAAUUUCUGGUUAAUUGUUGCACGAAGCUUCUUUGCUUUAACACAAGGUACAUGGUUUAUUCAAGCUGCGUAUGUCAUCUGGCCUAAAACAACAAAUCCAUAUUUCCUUUGGGAUCCCGAGUCACAUCGAUCAGUUUCGUUGUUAACAAUGAGCUAUGCAUAUCAUCUGGCUGGUAAUGCAUUUGUUCUCAUCGUUGUUUAUCUGAUAGUUUACAUGUUUUCAUCGACUUCAACGAAAUUGAACAUCGAUUUGACCAAAGAUGUUGAAGCAAGAGAUCAAUACAAAUUGAUUUGUGAUACGCUCGAAGAGGAAAACGAACUUUAA